AUGGCUGACCGUGUUGCCUCGUCGAAAUGGUCUGCGUUCAUGAGGGACUCGUAUGUCAAGCGCAGAAUCCCUGUUGGCGGUACAAUUGAUGUCAAGAAGCUCGAAGAAACUGCACGACAGAAGCUGAAGGAUCGACAAGAUGCAUUUCUCUAUGCCUUCGGUAGUGCAGGAACGAGUUCUACGUGUGACGCCAAUUUAGUAGAGUUUACUAAGUGGAGGAUCAUACCCCGAAUGCUGCGCGACGUCACAAUGCGCAAUUUAGAGACCACUAUCUUUGGAGUCAAAUAUCCAUCCCCUCUGUUCCUAUCUCCAAUCGGUGUCCAAACCCUUUAUCAUGCUGAUGGAGAACUUGCUUCUGCUGCAGCCGCGGCGCAAGUCGGUGUUCCCUUCAUCAUGAGCACCGCUUCGACCCGCAGUAUCGAGGCGGUCGCCAAAGCCAGCGGGUCCGGUCCCCGCUGGUACCAGCUGUACUGGCCCGUGUCGCCCGAUCUGACACUAUCGUUGAUAUCUCGUGCAAAGGCGAACGGCUUCAGUGCGCUCGUGAUUACGCUCGAUACCAUGCUUCUGGGUUGGCGCCCACAUGACCUUGACACCGCCUAUUUACCCUUCUUCCACGGGGUCGGCACGCAGAUUGGGUUCACGGACCCGGUGUUCAUGGCGAAGCAUGGCCUCCAGCCGUUCCCGGAAGACGAUGCACCAUCGUUUCCCUAUGACCCAGAGGAGAUGGAAAGGCGUAUCAAGGCUGGGGACGAGACGUUGAAGCAGCGCGCGUACUUGGGCGUGAAGUACAUGGGAGAGACUGCUUCGGGCGUUUUCAGAAGCUGGGACGACCUGAAGUUCAUCCGUGAUAACUGGGAUGGACCGCUAAUUUUGAAAGGCAUCCUAUCCGUUGAAGAUGCAGAGAUUGCAAUGGACAAUGGCAUUGAUGGAAUCGUCGUGUCUAAUCACGGCGGCCGUCAGGUCGACGGCGCCGUUCCCGCACUGUAUGCGCUCGAGCAAAUCAUGAAGAGCCCAAGGGUGAAGGAAGCCCAGGCAAGCGGCAAGUUGACAAUUCUCUUCGACUCCGGCAUCCGCACCGGCAGUGACGUCUUCAAAGCGAUUGCGCUGGGCGCACAAGGUAUUUUAUAUGCAAGGCCGUACAUCUACGGGCUCAUAGUUGGCGGCCAAGCGGGCGUCGAGAACGUUCUCAGAAGUGUUCUCGCCGACACUGAGAUCACUCUCGGUCUUAGCGGUUAUGAGAGUUUGCAGCAAAUACAUGGGAAAGCUGACAAGGUUAUGGUCAAGCUGGGGUAA